GUCAAUACGUCACCUUUAAGUCAUAAUUUGUUUACAACAGAAAUCAAUAUUUUGGUUAAGGUCUUCUAAGUUGUUGCUUUUUAUAUCUCGAAUCAGAAUUGAGAAACAAUCCGAAAUUUGUUGCAAACCUCGUGCGUCCAGUUGUGAUUUUUGCGAUUGACGAAUAACAAUCCUACUGAAGCCCUUGUCCAAGAUGUCUUCAAUCUAAGCAGUUUCCAUACAAUGGAAGUUUAUCGAACGUCCAUAGCUAUUCAUUCACGCAGCGGUUAUAUAAAAGCAAAAUCAUCAGUAAGUCACUUUACAACCAACUUUGAAGAGCAACCUGGUUUUGAGGAGUUAGGUGAUUCGAGUUCCAGUUCUGACAUGUCUAAUCCAAACUAUUCGAAACUGUUUUAUGAAACGGAAAACCAAGAAAACGAACUGCCCAAGAGAUAUGACGACAAAUAUCCUGAUGCAUCAAGACUUCUUAGGUCCAAAGUGAUCGAAGAGGACGAAGAUCGUUUCCACUUAAAACAUUCGCCAGAAGAAGCAACGCCGAUGAUUAUGAAAACAAUCAUGGUUGGUGGAGACUAUCAGGCAGUCAUUCCAGAAGGCUUGUCACCUUAUGGAGACGCCCUUCCUUACGAAAAUGACGACAAACUGUUAUGGGACCCGACGCCAAUAUCGGCUGCAGAAGUUGCCGAUUUUCUCACCCAAGCUGCAACUAUUUGCAAAACUUCACUGCCUAUUGGCAAGCAUUUGAGAGAUAAUGAACCAGCACUUCAUCUGCUUCAACAAUGUGGCCAUAAUACCGAAGAGGCAUUGAGGCGGCUUCAAAUCAAUAAGCAUCUUUAUGAAGAUGAUACUAUGCAAAUAUGGUCAGAAGAAGAGUGCAGAAAUUUCGAAUCGGGAAUUCGAUUAUUUGGGAAAAACUUCUGGAUGACUCAACAAAACAAAGUCCGAACAAGGUCAGUUGGAGAACUCGUGCAAUUUUACUAUCUCUGGAAAAAAAGCGAGAGGCACGAUAUGUUUGCGAACAAGAUAAGACUGGAAAAAAAGAAAUAUGUUUUACACCCGGGCGUUACCGAUUUCAUGGACCGAUUUUUGGAGGAAUCAAGUGACUUCCGGGACAGAAGUUCUUCUCCGAAUGUUGUCAACACAAAUACUACACCAAAUACGUAAUCAAUCAGACAUUUGAUAAGCGAGGUGUUAGUUGUAGAAUUCACUACGUUUUGGAAGUAAUGUAUAUUUGGUAUUGAGUAGCAUAGUAUUAUAUUUAUUAAAUAAUUGCUUUAUAAUUAAUGUGUAAUGAUCUUUAUCUAUCGGAAUACUUUUUAGUAAUUAUGCUAUGAAUGUUAGCAGAUUGUUACAUAGCUUUUGAAUUUUUAGAGAAAUAUAGUUUUUUAUAGUGA